CCAUAUACUAACUACUAACUCUACUCCAUCUCACCCUCUCCUCACCCAUACAACACAACACACCACUCACCCCUACACCACAAUCCCACCUUGAAACUGGAUCAAAAAUGCCAACCACCAUAUUCCCCCCAAUCCCCUACUUCAUCUUCGGCAUCUUCGAGCCCCUAGCCCUAAUCGGCGGCUCCCUCUACCCCCACCUGCAACCCUCCUCCUUCAUCCUAUCCCAAAUCCCACAUAACCCAGACACCACAGGAACCAUCACUCCCUCGUCGCUCUCCCUCGCCUACCAACUCUCCAACAUCUACUUCCUGCUCGCGCUUCUCGGCAUCGCGCUGAUCCACAGCACCUCGGAGCCCAAAGUCCUGCGCAACUAUCUGGUGUGUUUGGCGGUUACGGAUCUGACGCAUAUCUUGGCCGCGGGGUAUGCCAUGGGAUGGGAGAGGUUCGUGGAUAUAGCCGGGUGGAAUGCGCUUACGUGGGGGAAUGUGGGUGUUACGGCGGGACUGUUUUUGAGUAGGGUUGUGGUGUUGGCGGGUGGGUUGGGGGGUGUUGUUGGUCAGGUUGGUGAGGGGAAGAUGAAGAUGAAGGCGAAGGGUAAGGGUAAGGGGAAGAGGAAGGGGUAUUGAUUGUGUUUCAUGUGGUGUGGAUGGUGGAUGUGUGAUUAUAUUCUAAGGGUAAAAAUUGGAAAUGGGUUUAUUAAUCACUGGACAUAAAGUGUAGGAUGGAUGGAUCCCGGGAACCCGGGGAUUAUCAAUCGCCGUUGUUAGCCAACUACUUAGUCACUAGACACUAGUCUAAGUAACUAGGACAUGAAUGAGAGGAAUGAUGGCAUUGAG